ACGCGAUCAUAUCGGAUUCACUUCGCUUUCACUUUGCUCGUCCGUCAGCAUUGCAUAUCGAGUUUAUACUUCCGUGUGUGCGUAUGUGGCGAUGAACCAGCACCAUAAUCCGGUCUUGUCCUCGUCGUGACUCGUCGGUGACGUAACCCAUAAAUAGAAGUCAGGAGAGUAAACCCAGCAGACGUUAUCCGUCUUCGAGGAGAAACGAUUCUUUCUAAUAACGAUACGUGUACCAUAAAAAAAAGAUGCAAAGAACAUUAAAGAUCACGAUCAUGAUGAUCCUCUUAACGCAGAAAACGUACGCUGAGGUCCAUGAGCAAACGACGAUGAAUACAAACGAAAGGAUACUAUUCAUAAGAAGUCUUCCUGGUUAUCCUGGAAGUAGAAGCAACUUGUACGAGGUUUACAUGGAACCAUAUUUCUUUGUAAUAGGAAUGAAAGCAGUGGUUGAGAUGAAAGCACUCGGGAAAGAUGGGUCGCCAAUAGAAGGUCCUAGAGGAAGCUUGACACUGGAACAACAAGUCGAUGGAGUUAAGAUAAAUGGAACUAUAACGGGUUUGAGUCCGGGUAUACAUGGAUUUCAUGUACAUGAAAAAGGUGAUCUUAGAGAAGGAUGCGAUUCUGCUGGGCCGCACUUUAACCCAUACAUGGUAAAUCACGGAGCACCAAAUGACCCAUUACGGCACGUCGGAGAUUUAGGUAAUAUCGAGGUCGGACCUGAUGGAGUAGCACAAAUCAACGGUAUGGAUCAUUAUCUGAGUUUGGUCGGAGUUCGCGGUGCUAUUGGAAGAGCAUUGGUAAUACAUGCAAAACCAGAUGACUUUGGUCGCGGAGGAACCGAAGAAAGCAUCAAAACUGGAUCAGCCGGAGCUCGAUUAGCUUGUGGCAUUAUUGGAUUUUCAUAAAC